AAAACACACACAGAGGCCAGAACAUGGACGAUGACAGAAGUCGCGAAAUCCAUAAAACAAAACAAGGAAAGAAGGAAUACGGAUCCCAAGACGCAACAUCGGAUCCCCGUCGUUGAACAGGGAUCCCAAAAGCUUUACCGGUAAGAAAGAGAGAAAAGAAAAGAAAAAACUAGUUAACGGAGCAUCUGUUGCCGGGGUUUCUCUUCCGACGGAAACAACAUGAAAAGCAGAGUAAACGCCACAAAUCAACUGAACCCAUCCGUGGAUUCUCUAAAUUCUGUUAAUCUGAGUGUUCGUUAUCUCGCUCCUUCAUGAUUGGGCUUUUCUUCCGGUACUAAUUUUUUGGAGCCUGGAGGAGGGGCCAUGGAUGACGAAGUUGUUCAGCGAGUGUUUCAGGAAGGAGGCCGAGAUUACUUCCAACAGCUCGCUCCCUCAUCUUCCUCUUAUUCUUCCAUCCUACAGUCUCUUCCUCUCCAUGUGUCCUUUGAUCAUGGGUAUUAUUUACUAGUUAAAGCUGUUCAAGAACUCCGAGAAAAAAAGGAGGGCCUUGUCACGGUCGGCAUUGGUGGUCCAAGUGGUUCUGGUAAAACAAGCUUAGCAGAGAAGGUAGCAUCUGUACUUGGUUGUACUGUCAUAUCAAUGGAGAACUAUCACGAUGGAGUUGAUGAUGGGAAUGAUCUUGAUUUGAUAGAUUUCAGUACUUUAAUUCAAAAUCUUGAGGAUUUGAUGAAAGGUAAAGAUAUGUUGAUGCCAGUGUUUGAUUUUCAAGAGAAAAGACGUAUUGGUUCAAAAACAGUGAAGAGUUCUUCUUGUGGGGUGGUAAUCAUUGAUGGAACUUAUGCUCUACACUCAAAACUACGCUCUUUACUAGAUAUUCGAGUUGCAGUGGUUGGUGGUGUUCACUUUAGCCUUCUUUCUAAAGUACGAUAUGACAUUGGGGAUUCUUGUUCCUUGGAUUACCUUAUUGACAGCAUCUUCCCAUUAUUCAGAAAGCACAUAGAGCCAGAUCUACAUCAUGCCCAGAUUAGAAUCAACAACAGCUUUGUUUCAUCCUUUAGGGAACCUAUUUACAAACUGAAAUGCAAAAGUGAGCAGUCUCCUGCUGGACAUUCAGCUUACUCUUUUCAUGGAAAUGAGGCACAGUCAGAGAAUUUUAUUGAGAUGUACCUCAGACCACCAUCUGCAAGUGAAGAAGCACGGAUUAAUGACUGGAUAAAGGUGCGGCAGUCUGGCAUCAGAUAUUAUUUGUCUCUAGGUGAUCAGAGGAUUGUUGACAAGAAUUACAUAAUCAGACCAAAAGCAGAGUUUGAGGUUGGACGGAUGACUUUGGGAGGGCUGCUAGCUUUGGGAUACACUGUGGUAGUUAGUUACAAACGUGCGUCUUCAUCAGUCAGUAAUGGAAAUGUGUCAAUAUCACUUGAAAUGAUUGAUACUCUUGGCGAGACAUUCAUGGUGUUGAGGGGCACAGAUAGGAAAGUAGUUGGUGCAGAAGCUUCUAGAAUGGGCAUCAGUGGACCAUGGAUCACUAAAUCAUAUUUAGAAAUGAUCCUUGAAACCCAAGGUGUCCCACGUCUUAAUACACCACCACCUCUGUCCAAUACACCUUCAGUUGGGGGUCAAGAAAGGGUGAUUGGUGCCCCAAAGCCAAUUCGUGUUACUCCUAACCUUGUUAAGAGGCUUGAGGAUCUAUCUCUUCCUUGGACUCGAUCCCCAACAAAGUCCCAAAUGGAGCCUGUGCUAGCAACAUGGCAGUUCAUCUCCUCGGACCAUCCACAUGCUGACAGCUCAGUCAUAGAUUCUUCUGCUUUCAGGGAUAACUUGCAGCUUGUUCCAAUGCCUGAUUCAUGUGAUUUGGAUAGAGGCUUGCUUCUUUCUGUUCAAGCAAUCCAGGCAUUAUUGGAGAAUAAGGGCCUCCCUGUUAUUGUUGGCAUAGGAGGUCCAAGUGGAUCUGGAAAAACCAGUUUAGCUCAUAAAAUGGCAAAUAUUGUUGGUUGUGAAGUCAUUUCUCUUGAAAGCUAUUAUAAAUCUGACCAAGUAAAGGACUUUAAGUAUGACGACUUUAGCUCUCUUGAUCUAUCUUUGCUCUCGAAGAAUAUUCAUGAUAUAAGGAACUGUCGAAGAACUAAAGUACCUCUGUUUGACUUGGAGACUUGUACUCGAAGUGGUUUCAAGGAACUUCAAGUUUCUGAAGAUUGUGGAGUGGUUAUUUUUGAAGGAGUGUAUGCUCUGCAUCCUGAUAUCCGAAAAUCACUUGACUUGUGGAUAGCUGUUGUAGGAGGCGUGCAUUCGCAUCUCAUUUCUAGAGUUCAAAGGGACAAAAACCGGGUUGGAUGUUUUAUGUCACAGAAUGAAAUUAUGAUGACAGUGUUUCCCAUGUUCCAGCAAUACAUCGAACCCCAUCUUGUUCACGCACAUCUUAAAAUUCGAAAUGACUUUGAUCCUGUGCUUUCUCCUGAGAGCUCACUGUUUAUUCUUAAAAGUAAUAAACAGGUGGCAUAUAAGGACAUAUUGGGAAUACUUGACCCUGCAAAGUUCUGCAGUUCUGCUCAGAAUUUUACUGAUAUAUAUUUACGGCUACCUGGAACACCUUCUAAUGGACAGCUGGCUGAAAGUGAAUGCAUACGAGUUCGGAUGUGUGAAGGCAGAUUUGCAUUAUUAAUACGUGAGCCAAUUAGAGAAGGAAACUUUAUCAUACAGCCUAAAGUGGAUUUUGACAUCAGCAUAAGCACAGUUGCUGGACUUCUUAACCUUGGGUAUCAAGCUGUGGCAUACAUUGAAGCAUCUGCAUUAAUUUACCAAGAUGGAAAGAUUCUUAUUGAGGUUGAUCAUCUACAAGAUGUCCCAAAUCCUUACAUUCAAAUUAAAGGAACAAAUAAAGAUGUAGUGGCUGCUGCUGGUUCAUCGCUUAGCCUGGAUGGUUCAUAUACAACCAAGAGUUAUCUUCAAAUUAUUCUGGAAAGCUUGCCAGCAUUUGAAAGAAGCUCAAUAGGAAUUCAUAGUCACCAAGCUACAAGAUUGCAGCAACUUGUGGAUUUCAUUCAAUCUCAGGGCAGCAGUUCUAUUGCAGAAUCCUCACCAAGAAGGGGGGUUUCGCCAAUGGAAGUUGUAAUUGAAGACCUGCAAUUGCGGAUCAGAAGGCUUGAAAGGUGGCACACAAUCAACACGGUCCUAUGGACAUUUCUCAUGUCUGCUCUUGUUGGCUAUUCACUUUACCAGAGGAAGCGCCAAUAGCAACAAUCUAAUUAAUUCCUUCUAACAUGUUAAGAGGAAGUCCUAGUGGUUCUUCCUAGCUAACCACAUAAAUAUCAAGCUACACAGAAGGAACAGUGCUAACAUUUUUUGUCAUCAAAAUUAACUUAAAUGUCAAUGAGUUGUUUAUAAAUGGAAAGGCCUGCUAUUGUGUAUACUGGCAUUCUAGUUGCAUCAUAUCAGCUUCUGUUAUCCGGUUGCUCCAAGGGAAACCUGAGCAUUUACUUGAAAAGGCACUCUUACCAUUGCAGCUAAGCAGUAGCAGGCCGUUUGUAGUCUCAAUCAAUAUGCCCAGACAUGAAACCUGUGUUCAGAACUUCAGAUCCCAUCAACAGUACUUACCUACUGAAGAAAUGAUAUUAUAAGUUGACUCUAAUGCUGUGUUUGGUUUGACAAGAAGUUGAGGGAAGCAGAAUAUAUGAAAUUCCUCUCAACUUUCUGUUUUUCUCUUAUUUCCAUCAAACCAAGCCUAGCUUAGCCUUGUAUUGGUCAGACUCCUGUAAACAAGCAUUAACCAACCACAAUCAGUUCCUGGCGUUAUGGUCCAAGUCAACUCCUAAAAUCACUUCUCGUGGAAAUUAGUCCUUUGACAUUGUAUAGUCACUGCUUGUGCUUGACUUUGAAACCUAUUGUGGACUCUCCUUUAAGUUUUUUAUUUGAAGAACUUUCAUUCACAACGAUGAAUGUCAGUCUCCUUAAUUAUUUAUCUUAUGACUUGUUGACGUUCACUUGUUUUAGCUUUAAAAGAACCAUUGUUGCAAACUGAUUGUUGACUUUAUUGCAAAUUACAAUAGAAGCUUUUCCCA